AUGAUGAUGACACAGCCGUUUCCUGCCCACCAAGGCAUGCCCCAGCAUGGGUUUCCUCCCGGCCAUCCAAUGGCCGCGCAACAUCCAAAUGGACACCCAGGCCCUGGGAUGGCACAACAAAUGCAUCCCGGUGUAUCCGCGCCUGGCGGGCCCCAGGUCAGCCAAGCAGGCCCGAUGAUGGGUGGGAUGCCCCCGGGCGCUGGAACUGCUGGCCCUGGUAUGCCAAAUGCCCAUGCUCUCUCCCACCUGAAUCCCGCGCAGGCGCAUAUGCUUCAGGGUCCGCAAUUCCAACAGAAUUUCGCGAACAAUCCUCAAUUCCUACAGCAACAGCAACAUCAGCAGUUAAUGCGACAACGAAUGAUGAUCCAACACCAACACCAGCAGCAGCAACACCAGCAACAACAGCAGCAGCAGCAGCAACAUGGCGUUCCUGUAUCGAUGCCCAAUGGCACACAAGGACUCAAUGCUGCUCAAAUGGCUGCAAUGCAAGGAAACCCCGGAAUGCGACCCGUCAACAUGGUGCAUCUUCAGCAGCAAAUGCCUCACGGCCAACCGCAAAAUUUCCAACAUCCACAGCAAUUCCUCGCGAUGCAGCAGCAGCAACAACAACAGCAGGCGCAACAAGCUCAGGCCCAGGCCGCCCAAGCAGGAAAUGGACAGCCGGGCCAACAUACUCCUCAGCGUGCUUCGGCGCAGCCUCCGAAUAUACACGAACAAAGUGCCACCCCGCAGUCACAGCAUGGUGGUCCGCCUCCCGGAAGUGGCACGCCUCAACCCUCCCAACCAUCUCAGCCACCGUCCUCGCAGCCCCCGACCUCGCAAGGGCCUCCACAGGGACAGGCCACUCCAAACCCCCCUCCCCAGCAAUUGCCUCAGUCCCAACAACCAGGACAAUUAGGUCAACCUGGCCCACAGCAGCAACCGCCUCAAAAUGCCCCGGGCCAACCGGGUCAGCAGCCGGGACCUCCGAACCAGCAUUUGACACCUCAAGAAAUCCAGAUGAAAACACAACAACACCAGCACAUGCUGAUGCAGCAAAGGAUGAAACCACAGAACCAGGCACUCAUGGUUUUGGAUGCUUAUUCUGAACAAUUAUGUAACUUCGUAUCCCGCAGCGAGGCGCAGGACCUUUUAUACUGGCAGUCGUUUGUCGACCGCUUCUACUCCCCCGUGGGUGUAUUGCGCCAGGGUGUCUGGUGCACCGCAGCAGGGUCUAAGCAAUUUGAGAUCGCGACGCCCGCAUUGGCGCGUUAUUAUUUGACGCAGUUUUCAAGCGGCAUCACAUCUAUCCAGAUGGUGGUGGAAGGCGCUCGCGAGCGUGAAUCCCACAAUGGAGGCCAUUAUGUUGAGGCUCCCAAAUGUUCGUUCAUCUACUGGUUCAAGAAUGAGUGUCAGCUUUUCACCAAUGGUUCUCUGCGCGCGCACUUCGAUUUGAACAACAAGCUCGAGAUGCUGGAUAUCAGUGUGGUCAACCACACGGAAUACAUCCCACGGUCUCUCCUGCUGACCAUGGAGGCAGACUCACAGAAGCAAAGUCCCAAGGUCCCAAAGAACCCAAAGCGCGCCCAGCAAAAGCCUACGCCCUCCGCAUCACUGCCAGAAUCUAUCAUCAACCCCUACGGUGUGCCCACUGAAGUGAUGUCGUUCCUAGAGGUGGCCGAGACAAUUUCUCAGAUGCAAAUGUUGUUCCAGUUCUCACAGUCAAAUCCCCAACUCUCACCUCCAGAUGCUUUAAGGAAUCUUGUCAGCUCUUUCUCAACACAAAAUCCCAAUCCAGGUUUUGUCCCAGGCCCUAUGAACCCCGGGAUGAAUCCAGGCAUGAAUCCGGGAAUGAACCCAGGCAUGAAUCCGGGUAUGAACCCCGGGAUGAACCAAGGAAUGACCCCGGGCAUGAACCCGGGCAUGAACCCUAUGCACCCUGGGAUGAGCCCCGGUAUGAACCCAGCAAUGAACCCAGGCAUGCAGCCUAUGCAAAACGUGCGGGGUCCUAGCAUGGGCGCUCCAUCGCAAUUUGCUUCGCCCGCCAUGGCCCAUCUUGGUCUUCCCGGGCAACAAGGCUCGCCCCAUUUGACUGGCUCCGCACAUGCGAGCCCCGCUCAAAGCCACUUGGCCGGCCCCCCUGGAAUGCAACCACCCAUGCAGCCGUCUCCAGCCGGCGUGAACAACAGUCCAAAUGUAGGUGGCAAUAAACGUCGCCGGGCAAGCACCGUGAAAAUGGAGUCCGAGGAUGGUGCUGGAGUCGAUGCUAACGGCGCUCCGCAGGGCUCAGCGAAACCCAAGCCUAGCCCUCGGGUGACCAAGCGACAGAAGGGCGCCGCUGCUUGA